AUGAACUCAACAAUAAUCGAGAUAACCACUAAUAAUCAAAAGUUAUGUUUAAUCCCAGUUUAUCUAAAUUGCAAUAACUGGCUAAAUGAUCUCAAUAACUUAUGUGAAAUAUUAGUGGAAGCUCAGAACGAAAAUGUCAUGAUAAUAGGUGACUUCAAUGCACGAAUAGGCAAAGAACAAUGUCUGGAAUUCAGCCCAAAUAUGCAGUGGGCUGAACUAUUGGGCCACAGAGUAGCAAAGGAUACAAUUGUAGAUAGAAAUGGCAAACAAUUACUAGAAAUUUGCAAUUCAUUUGGUGUCACCGUGUUAAAUGGCCGCACUAAAGGCGACAGAGAGGGUACAUUUACGUUUAUCAGAGGUGUAGCAAGGUCAACGAUAGAUUAUUGUUUUGUGAAAGGAGUAUGGUUAAUAAUAACUGAAGAGUUUCAAAUACGUGACAUGAUAUACUCGGAUCAUCAGCCACUGGAAAUUAUGGUAAAUCUAGAUGCCUCUAAUUCAAAUGAAAAUAAAAUGCAGUUGCUACCGAAACUGAUAUGGAAAGAUAAAUAUAAAGAUCUGUACCAAGAAAAGCUUGAAGAAUCCCUUAAUGCAUGCGAAGGUAGUACAUUUGCGUCGAAGGAAGGAGAUGACAUUCUUCAAUAUUGUGUAAAACAAGCAGCAAAAUCGUUUCAGGGUAAUUCGGCGGGUAUAAAUAGGAAACAAAAAUGGUAUGAUUUUGAAUGUGAAACUGCAAGAAAGAAAUCAUUUAAAUGGCUACAAACAGUUAAAAAAGGUGGUGAUAUAGCUGAUUUAGAGAAAUACAAAAAUGUAAACAGAGAAUACAAAAAGCUGUGUGAUGAGAAAAGGAAGUCAUAUUUCAAUGAAAUGGCAAUGUCGAUAUCCCAAGCAGCUGAUAGUAAAUCAUUUUGGAGUGGAGUUAAAAAAAUAAAUCGUGCAGAUCACAUAAAAGGAAUUAAAGUGGACGCCGAAGCUUUGGCGGCACAUUUUAAAAACCAGUUAAAUAGCAAUAUAGUAAGCAAGUCUUUCAGUUAUGCCCUGCCGUAUGUAAUAAAUGAAGCGUUAGAUGCUCCAAUAAAGAUUGAAGAAGUCUAUGCAGUGCUCCAGAAUUUAAAAAAUAACAAAGCCGCAGGUGAAAACAGAAUUCCAGCUGAGUUUUAUGCCACGCCACAAUUUAUAGAGCAUAUGGCUGAAUCAUACAAUUAUAUAUUUGAAAAUGCAGCCCCACCUGAUAGUUACAAAAAAGCCAUAACAUUUCCCCUAUUUAAAAAAGGUGACCCAAAUAAUGUAGCAAAUUAUAGAGGAAUAGCAUUUCUUAAUACAUCAGCUAAAGUAUUUACAACACUCCUGUAUAACAGAAUUAAAAAUUGGGUUGAUCAAAACAACAUAUUAAGCGAAUUUCAAGCUGGAUUUCGAAAAGGUUACUCCACGAUCUUAAAGCUGCUUUCGAUACAAUACAAAGAAACGUACUAUUUUACAAACUAA